AUGUACCUCUCACACUCAAUAUACAGACCGCGCCAUGUUGGUCUGAGCUGCAGAUGUACAACUCUGUGUCUGUGUGCAUGUGUCUUGUCGUUUUACUCGCCUCUCUCGGCUCUGGCACACAUUCACGGGGGCUCUAUGAAAAUAACCGAACAAGGAAGGGGGGCUGCCGCAAAGACACAAUACCCGAAGAUAAAAACAGUAUACAAAUCUCAGACAGACCGUUCUUUUUCAGCAUGUCCACUGAGGACGGAGCGCUCUCCACCACUGAACGGAUGAUAAAUUCUGUGCCAUUUCCACCAACGCACCGCCUGGCAUCUGCUGAAGUGUUUGAUGCUGAUGGCAAACCCAGGGCGGACAUUUUGAAAAAUCACUUAAUUAAAGAAGGACGGGUAGAUGAAGAAAUUGCACUUCGAAUUAUUAACGAAGGUGCUGAGAUCCUGCAGAGGGAGAAAACUAUGAUAGAAGUAGAAGCACCGAUCACAGUGUGUGGUGAUAUUCACGGUCAGUUCUUUGACUUGAUGAAACUGUUUGAAGUGGGAGGAUCUCCGGCCAACACCAGAUAUCUCUUCCUUGGUGACUACGUAGACCGAGGCUACUUCAGUAUAGAGUGUGUGUUGUAUUUGUGGGUGCUGAAGAUCUUAUAUCCUACCACGGUGUUCCUGUUAAGAGGCAAUCACGAGUGCAGGCACCUCACAGAGUAUUUUACGUUUAAACAAGAAUGUAAAAUCAAGUAUUCUGAAAGGCUCUAUGAUGCAUGCAUGGAUGCCUUUGACUGCCUUCCUCUUGCUGCACUGUUGAAUCGUCAGUUUCUCUGUGUUCAUGGUGGCCUUUCACCAGAAAUUCAAACUUUAGAUGACAUUAGAAGAUUAGAUAGGUUCAAGGAACCUCCUGCAUUUGGGCCAAUGUGUGAUCUGUUGUGGUCAGAUCCCUGUGAAGACUUUGGAAAUGAGAAGUCACCAGAACACUUCAUCCACAAUACUGUGCGCGGAUGUUCUUAUUGCUAUAGCUAUCCUGCAGUUUGUGAUUUUUUGCAAACCAAUAAUUUGUUAUCAGUUAUUAGAGCACACGAAGCUCAGGAUGCAGGCUACAGGAUGUACAGAAAGAGUCAAACUACAGGUUUCCCAUCAUUGAUUACAAUUUUUUCAGCACCCAACUAUUUAGACGUGUACAAUAAUAAAGCGGCUGUAUUGAAAUAUGAAAAAAAUGUGAUGAACAUUCGCCAGUUCAACUGUUGUCCACAUCCAUACUGGCUGCCUAAUUUUAUGGAUGUAUUUACCUGGUCACUUCCAUUUGUUGGAGAAAAGGUUACAGAGAUGCUGGUGAAUGUGCUAAGCAUCUGUUCAGACGAUGAAUUAACAACAGAGGGAGAAGAUCAAUUAGAUGUAGGUAAAGCCGCAGCCAGAAAAGAAAUCAUCAGAAAUAAGAUCCGAGCGAUCGGCAAGAUGGCCCGAGCCUUCUCUGUUCUCAGAGAGGAGAGCGAGAGCGUGCUGACUCUGAAAGGGUUAACUCCGACGGGGAUGCUGCCGAGCGGAGUGCUGGCGGGAGGACGGCAGACCCUGCAGAGUGGUAAUGAUGAUGCUUCCUUGCAGCUUGCUGUGCCUCAGAUGGGCUGGAGCACCUCUCACUCUCUCGCUAGCAAUACACAUAAUGCAUGCCGGGAAUUCCUUAUGCUUUUCAGUUCCUGUCUUAAUGGCUGAUAUUCCACGCAGCGGGGGCUAACUUUCAAUGCACGUCUGACCAGGGUAUACAAGGGAAGGAGUUCAAAAAAGAAAUUACAGCCCUAUAACUGCAAUAAUUGAUGUGCACUGUUAACUUCAAAAGCUUCCAAAUAGAAAAACACACUUGCUAAAUAUUUUUUUUAUAAAGUAGCAGUCUGCAGUUCCUUAUAUGAAUAAUGCAACUAUUUACCGUAUUCCUUUGAAUUUAAGGCACACUUAGUUAACCAUUUUUUGCUUCUCAAAAAUAGCCUGCGUCUUAAAUUCGAGUACAGUAUAGUGAUGCGUGUAUUAAAAUCAGCAACAAAAGACCUGACUACCCGAGUACACAAACAGCAACGUGACUUACUGCUGAGAAAAGACUAAAGACUGUCUGAUCUCAAAUCAUCCAUUACAUACAGGCAGCCAUUUCCAAAGAAGAGUCAUUAGCUUCCUGAGGAAUUCAAAGUAGCUUUUACAAUUUCAACGUUUUUAAAAAACAGUACCAGCUUGGACAGAAUGGAAAUGCUGAUCAGACCCUCAUAUUUUUUGAAAUGCCAAGCAAUACCACAGUUCACAAAUUGAGAGAAAAACAGGUGUGAGUAAUCUCCAUAUGCAUGUGUUAUUAUUUAUUUCUUAGCAGACGCCCUUAUCCAGGGCGAUAUAUUCUGUUGGUAUUGUGCAUACCAUUCUGACUGUUUUAUUUGCAAUGCUAUCAGUGCUGUUGUGAUUGCUGGUUACAUGUUGCCUGGUGUUGUGUCGUGCUUGCUGUUGCCGGGAUGUGUGAUACCGUAUGUGAAUGAGGGGUGUGUGUACGACACAGACACCAUCUUAAGUACUAUAUUACCACAAUAAACAAGCUCCAUGGUUAAUCUACAACAACUUCAGGUCAGUUUUGUGCGAUACUAAAGCGUAAUUGAGGUUGUAUCUUUGUAAAUGCAUAUUUAUUUGAUGUUUUUUUUUUUUCCUCAAAUUGAGGGUGGGAAAUUUGGGCUGCAUCUUAAAUUUGAAGGAAUACAGUAAUUAGGUGUUCUGCAGCUUUCAAAUAUACUAGGAAAGCUGAAAUAUAUUAAGAUGAACAACAUGGAUGUUGUCUUUUAUACCCUGGUGGUACUAUGCCCUAGUCCGUGCCCUAUGUCAUGUAUGUGUAAUGUGGUAUGUACAUGUAAAACUGGCCUCCUUAAAAUGUCCCUGUACUGUCUUUUCUCCUCUGAUGUAGUUGUUUUUUCCCUAGAUUCUGUCUUUCUAGGUGUGGUUGUUUGUCUGUAUAACUCUUGUCAGAACCAUUUUCCCGGGCUGUGUUCUCAUAUGUACCAAAAUAUAACUUGACGCUUGCGCUUUCAAAGUUUUGGGCACAGUUGUUAGUGAACAUUCCUAGGCCUUUUUGGAUUUUCUCUUAUAAGCUCUUAGAACUAACGACUGUCUCAAAACGUUUCAUAAUUAUUUAAAUAUCUAUACUUUAUAGAUGUGUGUGUGUGUGUGUGUGUGUGUGUGUGUUUGUGUGUUGAAACCUGUAACUGAGUAAAAAAUAACACAUGUUUAUUGAAUUGUGUGCAUAUAUUUUGCAUGAAAAUAAAAAAAAAUGAACUUUGCAGUUGCAUCCUUAAUCUGGUUUUAAUAAAUUCUGUGUAAAGAAAAGUACUCCGUGAUUAAGUGAUAUAAGUACUGCAAAAGAAAGUGUUCCACACUGUAAAUUGUCAUAAGUGCACAUUGGUAUAAUAGAUUCAGAGAAUAGUGAUAAUGAUCAUAGAAGUAUACAUGUUAUCUAUUUAGUAGUGAUCACUGUUAAAAUAACACAUCAAAGGGAUAUAAGCAACUUGUCUAGGAUUUAAUUUUAAUUGUGUAAGCAAAUAACAAAAUACCAGUAAUUGUAAUUAUGUUAAAAUAUCAAUUAUUCAAUCAUCUUUAUCAAAGUAUUGCUUAUUUUGUCAUUUGGAUGCAAGGCUAUAUUUUACUUCAUUGCACCCUUUUUUCAGAGAUUUCAGCAUUAUUGUUCCACAGAAAUUUCACAACCGUUACAGUUUAGUCACCUCAUUUUAGUGAGCUACUACAGUAUAUAGCCUGUACACAAAAAGCAAGGGGUGCCUGUUUCUGUAUAAUUCUUCAGGAAAACUACUUGUAUUUCCAGUAGGAUUUAACACAUCGCCAAUGGCCCAGUAUCCACAGUUGUUCUUCUCUUUGUGCCUUCAGAGCCUUUAUUGUAUUAGAAAAAUGCAGGACCUUGAGUUUUUGUUUUUCAGAAUGUCUUCUUAUCAUAAAAGUACUUUACAUUAAUUCUAGAAUUAGCAGCCAUGUUCCUUUCUCAUUAAAAAAAAAUAUAUCCUGUUACAUGGACGACGAGUCAAAUUAAAUAAGUAACCAGCUAUAAAUGUCAUUUUUUUAAACCUGUUUUAUUUAUUUAUUGCACUAUUUUCAUAUAAUACUUACCUGAUAUGAAUAUUUCUAACCCGAGACAGUGUCUGUAAAUGCAGCGUUGAUCCUUGCUUAUAUGCGGUUUGCAAUAUUACACUUGUCAUCUCUCUCCUCAUUUCAUUGUGCAUGCAAUUUGCCCACUUCUGAACAGCCACAGUUGAGGCAGUAGAGGCUGAAGGUAUGCUGAAGUGUCUGUGGUUGAGAUCUGUGGUGGUCUGGUGGGGUCUGUAAUAGUGCUUUGUGGGGUGUGUUUCCUGUGGACAACCAGAGAUUAUUCAGUGAUCUACCCCUCAUAAACUAUUGUUCCUAUUACCUAUUGUUGUUGUUGUUUUUUUAGCCGGGGUUAAACCAAAACAUUUUAAUAGAGUAACCACUGAUCUAGAACAGCAUGCCUGUUUAUUUGCAACAUAAAUGUUGAAUGCUGUUUUACGGUGCGUGGUCUUUCUGCAUGUAAGUAACGUUUUGCAUGCUUCUGUUCUGAGUCUGACCUAAUUGAAUAUAAAAGGUCUGUUUUAUUAUUUUGUUUAUUUAUUAACCAAGUAUGUAUUUUAUCAUAAUCAAUAAGUUUAGUAGUACAAAAGGAAAGGGUUAUACAUAUUCAUGAUGUGUAUUUAAAUUGUAAUAAUAUUUAUUAAAACAUGCACAGUUUAGUUUUUUUUUUUGUAUGGCAUUUUUAAUAUGUAUAUCUGUAAGCAUUAGACAAGGUUUAUACAGUUAGUUUACAAUGCCAGAAAAUGAAGAAGCAAAAUGUGAACAUGGCCACCUAUUCAUUUCAAUACCUGCUUCUCCAAUGAGUCACAACAUUCACUGUUUUAUGUUCCUCUUUCCAUUGAAUCAAUUUGUAUUACAUCCACCUUGUGAGGAGGUAAAUGUAGGCCAAAUGUUCUUUUUUUGUGAGCUUUCAACAUGAAAUUGUGUUUGUAUCAGAUCAAUAGCAUUUGCAUCCUGCAUUUGAAAUUUAGAGUCUUGAGUCUGUGUCUCUCUUUAUGAAAAUAUUGUUUUGAGUUCAUUGUUGCCCACAAUUUGACCUCCUAAUACUGUGUAAAUACAACAUUUGUGAAGCUAUAGUCUUCAUUUGUAGCUGUUAAUUGUUGGCUUUUAUUAGGGACAUUAGAAAUAUACCUUUUCCUCGUUCAAUUGACCAAACAGUGACACUUCCACAGCCCCCAUGGUAGAUGUUGAUCUGCUCACACCAUAGCACCCUGGAAUCUGACCUUUAGUAUGGUUGGGGCUUAUCAGAUGCUCCAAGAAGCCUUGUAUUAGGGGGCGCUGUGAUGUAAAAGGAUCUCAGUCCUGUCUGUGCAGAGAGCAGAUGUGGUAACCCCAGUGUCCUGAUAUAUAUCCCAAUAUACAGUAGGUCACUUUGACGUCAACAUUCUCGAGCAAAUUCCCCUGAAAAUGGGGGCUUGACAUCCCUAUUUGGUGUUGGCUUUGGCGAACUUCAAAAGGGGAACCAUAUCUGACCCUCGCUCAAUGUUGUGGGCAUUUUGCAGGACGCUAGUUUAGCACAUUUAGUCCCUAUGUUUGCCUUUUAGGCGUCCCUAGAGAAAGCUGUCAAAGUAUAAGAUCCACUAACCUCAGUGGCUAAUAUUUGCACUCCAGCCAAUGUUUGUUAUCCAACAGUGCUCUUUCCAAUGGUGUGGGAUUUUUCACCCGACCCUGCACAUAUUUCAUGAUAAUCUCUCAGUUUUAAACUGGAUUGACUGUAUAUAGAGGAUUUGACAUAGUUGCUGCUUUUGUUUCUAGCCUUUUGGCCUUGUAUGUUUUUCCUGCCUUUCUGAGGAACAAGUUUCAUGUUUACAGCUUGUGGGUCCAGUGUGAUCCUCCACCUGUAUGUGAUCUUGUUUCCUUUCAUGGCAAAUGCUUUUGUUUGGCUUAUUACCGAAAUCUUCCAGUACAGUGAGCAUAAUUAUACCUUAAACCUCAACACUGGGGGUCCCUGAGUGACUCACCUGGUAAAAGCACAGCCACAUGGUAGGCAGGGCGAGUCAUACAGUCAGGGGAGCGCAGGUUCAUGUCCUGGCUGUGCACAGUGGACAGUCUUCACUAGGGAUUCCGGAGGGAAGGUUGCAUUGGCUCUGGCGCUCCCAUGGGUUAGGGAUAACUUAGCAGCCAGACACCUGGUAAGCUCAAGCAGACACCUGCAGGGCUGGCCUUUGUCCUCCAGAUGCUGGUAGCUUGCUGACAUCUGUCCUCGAGUUCCUGGGUGUAAAAGAGGAAGCUGGUUUGGUCGUGGGACCAGAGGACGUCCACUGGACAUUCAGUUCUGCUGAGCUGAGUGGGUAAUUGCUGUGGUCAGGGAACAUAAGUGGACAUUAUAAAUCAGGGAUAAAAUAGUUGGGCACUCUAAAUAAAAAAAUAAUAAUGUGGAAGAGUAAAAAUAAUAUGGCAGUGUAUUAGUAAUGCAGCAAUUCCUUGAGUAAAAUAUGUUCUCCUAAUUGGUGGACAAGACUAAAGAUUACCAUCAUAUUCAUAAAGACAGUUUACAGUCGACUGACCAUGUGUGUGUAAUACCCUUUACUAUUUGCUUACAGAAAUACAAGUAGGGCAUUUAUUUUAUACUAAUCCGUUACAAAGUAAGGUAUUAUUUGACAUGCAUCACUUCAAUUUUUUUUUUCUCCUCACUCACUCAUUAAAUUUGCAUUUUGUUAAGCAAUCCAAGGAUUCUCACCACAACAUAAAAUCUGCAGUUUUGAAGAGGCAAAAGGCUUAGACAGGAUCAACGAGAGAAUGCCCCCGCGGAGAGGUGCUCUGCAGCAAGAUGGUGUUAAUUUGGUACACACGCCAAAU